AUGAACUAUCAGGAUCAUGCAACCAAAUAUUUAUAUCUUCGACCACUUACUUCAAAACGAGCUACCGAAGUUGCACACGAACUUUUAAAAAUUUUUUUGGAACAAGGAGCACCUCAAAUACUUCAGUCUGAUAAUGGGCGAGAAUUUACAGCGAAAAUAAUUGAAGAAUUGGCAGAAUUGUGGCCUGAAUGUAAAAUAGUACAUGGGCGGCCACGUCACCCUCAGAGUCAGGGAUCUGUAGAAAGAUCAAAUCAAGAUGUUGAAAACAUGUUACGAGCUUGGGUCGUAGACAAUAAAAGUACCAAGUGGUCAAUCGGAGUUUAUUUUGUACAAUGGCAAAAAAACAUUUCACAUCAUCGAAUUUUAGGUCGUUCGCCAUACCGUGCCUUGUUUGGCACUGAACCGAAGAUAAAAGUUAACCGCAUUGAAUCUUACAAACGACAAACAAUAGCAGCUAAAAAAAUGGCGGAAAAUAGUGAAAAACUAUUUAAAGAACUAAAGGUUGGCGAUCAAAUAGUUCUAAGUGUUCCAAAAGUAGACCGAGGACCUCUGGAUAGUCAAAAUAUAAAUGGGUUAGUGAUAGACAUUCGGAACGGCGUUUACCAAAUUGGCACAGAAGUUGGUAUAAUAAAAAAUUGGUGUUCAAGAGAAGAACUUCAACUAGUGUUAAAUAAUGGUUUAGAAGACAACAAAAUACAAAAAGACAAAUUCGUGUCCAUACGUGAAGCAGUAGCAAACUUAUCAAUUUUCAACGGUCAAGGUUUUGUUAAAUGUCAAUGUCAAUCAGGAAAGCGGCAAUGUCAAACCAAUAGGUGCUUAUGUUUUAAGAAAAAUCUUAAAUGUUCCAGCAAAUGCCACCAAAUAACAACAUGUGACAACAAGUAA